CUUCACCGUUGCUGCCAGACUGGUCUUCACUCAAGGGAAGGUCAAAGUGGCAACCAUGAAGACUUGGUGCAUUGCUUUGUUUGUGGUGGCAGCCUUUGUAGGAAAAGGGUAUUCGCUCUGGUGCUACCGAUGUGAAGAUGAACCUUCCAACUGGAACUGUAUGAAGAUGGUGAAGUGUGCCGAGGCGGACCAAUACUGUAGCACAGUGGUUACCACCACCAAGAGCGGUGAGAACACAACGUAUCGGCUCAGCAAGAAAUGCGCCCCUCAGUGUACUGAGACCUUUGCCGAUACUGGCUCAGGCUCUACUUCGACUAGUUGUUGUGGGCACUCCCUGUGCAAUAUUAGUGGAGCUAGCAGUGUGAAAACCAAUGGGGCGAUGGUGGCUGUCGGGAUCCUGGCAAGCCUGUUCUACAUCUUCCGGUCGGGAUUGUGAGGGUGUGAAGCUCACAUUUCCAUCUGAAAAGCGAGCAAAGCUCAACUUCAUCCAGUGUGUCCAGAAAGCAUCAUGGAAGGGCUUGCUUAUGUGCAUUGCCCUUCCUGCUGGAGGAAAAAUCCACAAAUGGGUACCACUCUCUGGAACGAUAUCUCUUGCUAGUUCCUUGUUGUUCCUUGUAAAUAUUGUUCCCAUUUUAAAAAAUUAAUUACUCUGUUUGUGUGACAACUCAUUUCUUGUUAUACUUACUGCAAUCCAGAUAGGUAACUCACUGAGGGAUUGUUACUAUGUCCGUAGAAAAGGAAAAGGAGUGAUCUCUGGUUCCCCCAAGUGGCCAAUUCAGAUAUUACGAUGUAUUGUUGAAGGCUUUCAUGGCUGGAAUCACUGGGUUGUUGUAGGUUUUUUUGGGCUAUAUGGCCAUGGUUUAGAGGCAUUCUCUCCUGACGUUUCGCCUGCAUCUAUGGCAAGCAUCCUCAGAGGUAGUGAGGUGAGGUGAUGGUGGCUGUCGGGAUCCUGGCAAGCCUGUUCUACAUCUGAGGAUGCUUGCCAUAGAUGCAGGCAAAACGUCAGGAGAGAAUGCCUCUAGACCAUGGCCAUAUAGCCCCAAAAAACCUACAACAACUCAGAUAUUACGCUUUGGACAUUCUGAGUACAUUCCAAGAUACAAUAGUUAGACUCUCAGUUAGUACUCACAGGGAUUGGUAGAUGCCAGAUAAAUGUAGUUUCUGAUUGCUUGAGAAUUACUUAAAAAUAGACCUAAUUAAUACUAUAUCACAUCAUAUAUCAUGCCAUAAACUUUGUAUGGACUUGAUAUCAAUAUUGGAAAACAGUUAUUAAAAGCAUUUUUUUUUUAAAAAAAAGAAACACAUCUUACAUUUCCACUAAAAGGAUUUAUUUUAUUGUCGAAGGCUUUCAUGGCCAGAAUCGCUGGGUUGUUGUAGGUUUUUUUGGGCUAUAUGGCUAUGGUCUAGAGGCAUUCUCUCCUGAUGUUUUGCCUGCAUCUAUGGUCUCACCCUGGUCAUUCCACAGAUAUAUAAACCCUUUUUCCUAGUUCCAACAGACCUCACUACCUCUGAGGAUGCUUGCCAUAGAUGCAGGCGAAACGUCAGGAGAGAAUGCCUCUAGAACAUGGCCAUAUAGCCCGAAAAAACCUACAACAACCCAGGAUUUAUUUUA